AUGCAGUUGCUACCUGAGGAGAUUGUCUCGCGAUUGCCUUUUCGCUACUUUAGGCAAAAUGGCACGUCAGAGACUCUACUGGACCAAGUGAGAGCGACGGAGGGCGAUCUGCAGCUGGGUUGCACCCUGCUUGUCCUCCUUGAUUUUCGCUGUGAUAAGAGUGACUCCACUGAAAACUCGUUGGUCAUCCGCCCCAUGUGUUUGCUGUUGCUUGCUCCACUGAACAUGAAGACGUGUCGCAGGAUCCUGGUCGCAGGCGAGCAAGGCCAAGAGCUACGAGAAAUGCAUUGGUGCAUCCGGUUUUGCGUUCUGUCGUCAUCCACAGGACAAGGAGCACAUGCAACGCGAAUCCACUCGCAGUAUGGGGGGCAGUUCCUGUGCAUGGAUGGCACGUGGCGCAUCGGUUUGAGGGUCAUUGAUUCUCCGGACUGCCUAUUUUUCCUGUUGGGGGAGGACGCCAAGGUUCACGCGUACGGAGCUGUGCAAAGCGAAAGGAAGGAGGAAAUAUACCUCCUUCUGAAGAAGUACGCGGAGAGACGGAGGAGGAACGGCACGUUGCUCGCUCUGGAGUGCUUGUACGACGACCUCUGCUGUAGAGGGGCUGAUGAUGUCACCAAGGGAUGGAUACGAUAGUCAGGACGUCCUCUGCUUGGACUUCUACUUCGACACCGCCGCCGGCAUCGAAGCGCGCCAGAGGGGACAGAGAUAGAGCGAGUGAAAGAGUCGCUAGCGGGGUGCCUUUGAAGCUUGAACAGAUCAGCACCCUCAUGGACGCAGUCGCGAUCGCCUACCUACAUGAAAGCCUGCAGGGUUGAAGUUGACAGGCAACGUUGCACUCAAGCAGAAGAAACUAUCGGACUUUUUCGAAAGCAACAAUAUUUCAGACUACAGGUACUCUCCUUCAAGGCCUGAGACCUCGCCCGCGCCCGCUGUAGGACCCGCCAGUGGGCACAUGUCAAUCUGAGGGUUGGGGACUCGAAUUAUCUGCUGGUGUUGAGUUGUUGUAGAUGUAUUUAUCGGCGGGAUCUGCUCUUUCUCCACCUUUGAUCCAGACAAGUACGUAUUAUUUAUGAUUCCAUGCGUCGACCGUCAAGGGUGAUGGCUCUGUCCUCCUCUAUGCGUUUUGUUGUCUGGCGUAUGUGUUUGCCUCCUGCGUGGGAGACGGGAUAGAUAUUCCGUUCGUCUCGUCCCGCACGACCGGUACGGAUGGAGUAGAACUUCUUUUCGCCACGCCGAGCACGGAUUGAAGAAACAAG